GACACACACACACAGACACACACACACAGAAUGUGAAUGGGGGAGGGACAGAGAGAGAGGGAGUCCCAGAUUUGGAAGCUGGCUCUCAGCUCUGAACUGUCAGCACAGAGCCCACUGUGUGGGAGCAGGGUGGGGGGUGCUGAAUUGGGGGCUGAAUCCUGGAAUCUUGAGAUCAUGAUGCGAGCUGAGGUUGGAGAUUUAACUGACUGAGUCACCCAGGUGCCCUUGGCAGUGGGUUUUUUUUAAAGGAAAGCAAGGCAGGAUUUUUCUGUUUGUCUCGUUAUGAAUAGGAGAUGAUAAAAUUCACGUGACUUUCUUACUGACAUGCACUUUUUUUCUGCUCUCACUACUUUAGGACGAAGAUCAUUUAUUGAUUUUAUUUCAGAGCUGAGUCGGCCUCGUUUGCCAAAGGCGGUGCCUAAAGGGUGUCCACCACAGGAGUAAAACUGUUCCUGCAUCAGAGUAAUGAUGGUAGAUCUGACGGUGGCUGACUGCUUGAGCCCUCAGAUCAGGGCUCUGUGGGAGUGCACGGGACCUGUGAUAGCGAGUUCCAGUCACAGGAAGAAACAUACCCCACAAACAAACAGUCUUACUCAAGAAAGUUGUCGCGAGCACUUCCGGAACUUCCACUAUCCUGAUGGCGCUGGACCUCGUGAAGUUGUUAGCCAACUUCAAGAAUUAUGCCGUCAGUGGCUGAGGCCAGAGAUCCAUUCAAAAGAGCAGAUCUUGGAACUGCUUGUGCUAGAACAGUUUGUGACCAUUCUACCCAGGGACAUCCAGAGGCGGAUUAGGAAGCGGCAUCUACAGAGCAUUGAGGAGGCUGUGACCGUGGUAGAACACAUGGAGAGGGGAUCUGGUCAAACGAGGAAUGGGGUUGCAGUCCACGUUCUGGGAAAGGAGCCUGUGCUCUUGAGAGAAACAGCAGAGUCCCAGCCAGUGGGCAUAGCCCAGGAUGAAGAAUUCUGGAAUGCAUACCAAGAUUUGCAAGAACAGCUGAGCAGAAAUACUCAUAAAGAAACUGAGCCUGUGUGUGAGAGGGCUGUGCCUGUUCACCAGAUUCUAGCCUCUUCUGAGAAGAAAAACACCAAAGACUGGACAGGGGCACCUGAGCUGGUCUUGCCUGAGUCCCCCCAGAACUUGUUGACAUUUGAAGAAGUGGCCAUGUAUUUUUCCCAGGAAGAAUGGGAGUUACUGGAUCCCACUCAGAAGGCCCUCUACAAUGAUGUAAUGCGGGAAAACUAUGAGACUCUCAUCUCUCUAGCUGUGCCUACUCACCAGAUCCUAGCCUUUCCUGAGCAGACAAUCACCACAGACUGGACAGGGGCACCUGAGCUCGUCUUACCUGAGUCCCAGAACUUGUUGACAUUUGAAGAAGUGGCCAUGUCUUUUUCCCAGGAAGAAUGGGAGUUACUGGAUCUCACUCAGAAGGCCCUCUACAAUGAUGUAAUGCGGGAAAACUAUGAGACUAUCAUCUCUCUAGGAAUAAAGCACAAAAGUGGCACUGAAAACCACCAGCCUAUAUGUCUUUCUGAUUUAGAAAUAAAGGCCCAAGCAAAAGUUGCCCCGAAAACAACAGGCAAAGAAAACCAUGGUGAUACACACAGGAUAGGAAAGUGGCAUCGAGAUUUUCCUGUGAAGAAAAGAAAGAAACUUUCAAGCUGGAAACAAGAAUUGUUGAAACUUAUGGAUCUUCACAAGAAAGCUCGUGCUGGAGAGAAGCCAUUUAAAUGCCAGGAAUGUGGGAAAAGCUUCAGAGUUAGCUCUGACCUUAUUAAGCACCAAAGAAUUCACACUGAAGAGAAACCAUUUAAGUGUCAACAGUGUGAUAAGAAGUUUAGAUGGAGUUCAGAUCUUAAUAAGCACUUAACAACACAUCAAGGAAUAAAACCAUACAAAUGCUCCUGGUGUGGGAAAAGCUUCAGUCAAAAUACGAAUCUAAACACACACCAAAGAACUCACACUGGAGAGAAGCCCUUUACGUGUCACGAAUGUGGGAAAAAAUUCAGUCAGAACUCCCACCUGAUAAAACACCGGAGAACCCACACCGGUGAGCAGCCGUACACGUGCAGCGUGUGCAGGAGGAACUUCAGCAGGCGGUCCAGCCUCCUGCGACACCAGAAACUCCACCGCUGACUGCAAGUUCAUCUUGUGCCCUCGGCACGAAGAAAUUCCCCAAGUAGAGAUUGACCCUGACAUACAUGAAAAACUACAGAAUCGGGAAGCAUGAAUAACGCUUCGUCGGUGGAAAAAUUGAUGAUAAAAACAUUUCACAGAAAGGAAUCAAGUUUGACUCUGCAGGGAUCUCCGUAAGUCGUUUUGUACUACUUCACGUUUUUAACACAUAACCUUCCGGGAAUUCCUUAGUAAGAAAGGUAUUGAAAAAACAUUCUUGGUUAGAGAAACAUUUUGCAGUUGUAUCUGGCAAAGUACCAAAUCCAGCUUCAAUUAGGAGAUGCACCCAUGGCUCAGUCAGGCUUCUGUGUUCCCAGAGGGCAAAUUCUGUUGGUUUUGCAUUAAAUUCCCAGCCACUUUUAAACACAUAAAUAGAAACAUUUGUAUCAUGGUCUUCCAAAAGAGAAAGCAAUAGCUUGCCUGUUUACUUGCAUUCCUUUGCCUUCAAAGUACUGGGUUUACCAAUUUUAAGAGUCACAUGUCGGGCAGAAGUGAAUUCUGUUGUCAAGUUUUCCAAGAACCAAACUGGAUUUUCUUCCCUUCCCUUUUCAUCAGACACUGUUCGCAAAGUUGGACAUCAUAUGAGUUCCUUCUUGAACGUUUUAGCAACUUUAGCUCUUGAAUUCUUUUAGCGCCAAUUUUACUGUGAUGAAAAGCUAUUUACUUCACCACUAGCAAAUCUACAAGAUAAAUUAAUAAUGCACUAUCUUAUACCUCAUUGGUGGUGUUUAAAAAAAAAUCUCCAAUGAGAUCAUAUGAAAACGGGUUGGAAUGUUUAGCCAUGAAUUAUGUAUGACAUAAAAGGAAGAAUUUUCUGCAAUAAAAGAAACUAGUCCGUUUCGUAUAA